UGUUGUGCCAGUUUGGAAGAAAAGUUAAUUUUUAUAGUUACUGGUUAGUGAUGUACUUCGAAUGGUUCCGAAAUAAACGAGUUUCCAAAUUCAGUUUGUGCCGAAAUUACCACGGAAAGAAGUCGAUUAAAUAUGUUGUUCGAGCUGGAAACGGACGCAUUGCUUCAAUCGCUGGAUCCGAAUACUUAUGAAAGAGUUUACAUUUGUGAUUUGUGUUCCAAUGUUACGACAGAACCGAUAUGCCAAACAUGUCAGUUCAGCAGCAAAGAGCCCGACUUUGUCGUUCCUCUCAAUGAAGACUUUGAAAAUUUCAUAAAACCAGCUGUAGUAACUCCAUCGACUACAGUAAAGCCGAAACGAAUGCGACUUCAAAGCGAGGACGAAGAUGGAAAAUUUAAGAUAGUAGAAAUACAUAAAAAGAAUAGAUCAGAAAAUAAUGAAGGCUUCAUCUGUCCUGAAUGCGGGAUAAAAUCCGAUAAAGAAUCAUGCACUCAAAACCAUGAUAUCAGCAUUUCCCAAAGCUUGUUGAAAAUAAACAAUGAUGAAAUUUAUUUAAAGAAAAUGAAUCCACAGAAACGAGAUAAAUCUGAAAGUGAUGGUUUCAUUUGCCCUGAAUGUGGAAUAAAAUCAAAUAAAGAAACAUGCUCCGAAAAUCACAGCUUCAGCGUGCCUCAAAAUAUGUGUGAUAUAUGUAAUUUGACAUUCGAAUCAAUUGCCGACUGGAUGAAUCACAUGAAAAAACAUAACCAGACCCUCAGUAGUAUUUUGUUCUGUAAUCCGAAUGUAGCUUUUCUUAUCACUCCUGUGAACUUGAAUGAAUUGUCAUCGGAAGAAAAUUCUUAUUUAUGCACUUCCACUACAAUGGAUCCUUCAAACUACAUCGCUAAUAUGGUCAAACAGGAAACUCUUGAAGAAAGCCACGUUAUUAAAUCCAAUGAAGCAUCUACCGAAAAUGAUUCAACUCUGCCUACAUCUACUACGGAUGAUGUAUAUUGCAACGAGAGCACAAACUUGCCGGUCUCAGGCAUCAGUGAUAAUAUGUUUCAUAUUUUUGACAAUUUAGAAGAAAUUCAGCAGUUACCUGAUAAUAUUAUUGAGCAAAGCAAAAACCUUAACCAAACGACAUCGAACUCUGUUUCAAGUCCGGUUUAUGAAAACUCAAGUGUUUAUCUAGCUAGAGUUGCUGACAUACUCAUAAGGGACGAAGAUGUUACUAAAACUUCCCUGCCAGAAAACAGAGUUUAUCCUCGCUGUGAUGAAUGUGAAGAGAAUUUCGAGGAUAUUGAGUCACUAUGUUCACACUUUCUAAACAACAAUAACCAUGAGAAGGCUUAUAUCAAGUGUCAAUUCUGUACCCGUCGCUAUACAAAACCUUACUGGUUCAGAUGUCAUCUACAGAAUCACACCAAUCUCUUGCCUAUAGUAUGCCCAUUUUGUGAUGCUUCUUUUCUAACUCGACGAAUCUAUGAAGAACAUCUAAAAACUGUACAUUCCUUGAGUGGAUUCGAUAUCGAUGCCAUGAUUGAAUCGAUGAGCAGUAAUCAAACAAACCAUAUUAUGUGUAUGAAAUGUGGAAAGUGGAUCAAAUCCGAGAAACACUACGAUUUACACAUGAAAGCUCACAAUCUGGCUAAAGCUAAAAAGAACGGCGACACUUUACCAGCAAAAACAAUUGCCCCGAAAAAUAAGUCAAAUCAAUUGCCAAAAAAACCCAAAAAUAAAACGACAGCAGCAGUCCCACAUUUAAGAGAGAACGUUACAGCGAAAAACCUUCAACUUGUUACCCAGAAGAAUGUUUCUCUGGCCAAAAAAGAAUCGCAGGACCCGAUUCACAUCUUUGAAUGCAAUGUAUGUUCUACCACCAUCAAAUCCAUCGAAGAGGUUCGUGAGCAUCUCUCGAAUCAUGCCCGGAGCCGGCUGUUCAAGUGUGAAGCUUGCUCAGAAAGAUUCCCGACUACGCUACUGCUGCAGCAACAUGACUGCAAGAAUCGCCAAAAUGGUGGAAGAAGUGACAAAAGGAGGCUUCAAACUCGCUGUACAGAUUCCACUGGAUCAUAUGUUUGCAACAAAUGCCCACUAAAGUUUAACCAGCUAAAUGACUUUCUAUUGCAUAGAGCGAUAGAUCAUUGACUGGUGUUUUUGAUCGAUCAAAGUUAUCUUAUUUUUGGUGUAGGGUUUUUUUCAUGUUAUCUUUUAUCUGUAAAAC